GGGCUCUGCGCCGCGGCGGGCCUGGAGCAGGGCGGGGGGAAUGGGGGCGCUCGCCCAGGCUGCGGCUGCCCUUGGCCCUUCAUAAAUCCCCAGGGCUUAGCGGGCCCCGCCAGUGCGCUCCGGCCAUGGAGUGGGCCGUGCUCCUCCUGCUGCCCGUGGCGCUCUGCGCGCUGCUCUACCUGCUGGGCCGCUGGCUGCUGGGCCUGGACGGCGACCUCACCCUGCUGUGGGCGGAGUGGCGGGGCAAGAGGCCAGAAAAUGAACUGCCUGACAAGGUCGUCUGGGUGACAGGGGCCUCAAGUGGAAUUGGAGAAGAGUUAGCUUACCAGCUAGCAAAGAUAGGGGCUCUAGUUGUGCUUUCUGCAAGAAGAGAGAAUGAAUUGGAAAGGGUGAAACAGAAGUGUCUUGAGAUCUCCAACUUGAGCAGUAAAGAUAUCCUUGUUUUGCCCCUUGAUUUGACUGAUAGAAGCUUCCAUGAAACUGCAACUAAAACCGUUCUUCAGCAUUUUGGCAGAAUUGACGUUUUGGUGAACAAUGGUGGACGUUCCCAGCGCUCCCUGUUUGUGGAUACGAAGGUGGAUGUCUAUGCUGCCAUAAUGGAACUUAAUUACCUGGGUACAGUCUCCUUAACUAAACAUGUCCUGAAUCACAUGGUCCAAAGGGAGAAAGGGAAGAUUGUAACUGUGAGCAGUGUAAUGGGCAUCAUGGGAGCCCCCCUCGCCACGGGAUAUUGUGCCAGCAAGCAUGCCCUCCAGGGUUUCUUUAAUUCUCUUCGGCCUGAACUUGGUGAAUACCCAGAGAUAAUUAUUACCACCAUCUGUCCAGGACCUGUCCAAUCCAAAAUUAUACACAAUGUCUUUACUGAAGACCUCUCAAAGUCACUAGAAAACACCGGUGAUCAGUCCCACAAAAUGCCAACUGAUCGCUGCGUUCGGCUUACAUUGGUCAGCAUGGUAAAUGAUCUGAAAGAAGCCUGGAUCAGCGAUCACCCAUAUCUAGCAGUCUGCUACCUUUGGCAAUAUGCACCCACCUGGGCAUGGUGGCUUAUGAACAAGAUGGGCAAAAUAAGAAUACAAAACUUCAAGCGUGGAGUGGAUGCUGAUGUCUCCUACUCUCAAAAGAAGAAAGCUUGAGGAGAAACCUGCACAAAACCCCACUAAACCAAACUAGUAACUGUAGCUGGGGGAGUGUUCUGUCCUCUAUUCAUCUUUGCAAGUUAAGGCCUUUUUUAAUUAUUCCUUAUUUUUUUUGCUAUCAUGUAACCUGACAACUGCAACCUAAUGUGAUUGUAAGAACAUUUAUUGAAUAAAAGCAUGUCUCUAAACAUA